UGUCUUAUACAAAUGCAAUUUUUGCAAUUGUAUUAUUGCAGGCAUUGCAGAAGAGUUAUUUCUGAAAUAUUUAAUGAAUAGGCAGCAGUUGUGAAUGAGGGAGCUGUUCUAGUUAUUUUCAUCCUUAUUUAAGGACUUUUUCCUGUGAUGUCAUCAUGUCAUUGUCUUCAAUUAAAGAAAAAAGAAGAUGAAGGAAAAUGGUGACAGGCAUCAUCAUCCUCUUCAUCAUCACAUAGCCUUUGUAAAUGAAUUAGAACUUGCAGGAUCUGAUCCUGCUGUCAUUUGAGUCAAUUGCAAACUCCUGCUGCCUUAAACAUUGAAGAGUAGGACUGAGCGCUGAGCUGUGCGCUCAGAGGGAGCAGGCUUCUUUGAUGCAUGAUUUAAAUAGAUGAACUAAUUGAUUUGAGGGGGUAGGAGGCAAGUUAGUGCAGUGGGCCAGUGAAUCUUGUUGCUAAGACACUGAGGGAGUAAGAGCAGGCAGGGCGAGGAAAUGAUAGGAAGCAAAUGAAAGUCUCCCUAUAAAUCAGGAGUGAUGAGAAUCCCCAGACAUUAGAAAUGUUUAUCAUAUUUUUCAUGUCUAAUUUUACAGAAUAAACUAAAAGAUGGAGGGCAGAAAAUUAAAAUGUAGAUGUUCUAGCUUGUUAUCUUACUCUGCUUUGAGUGAUACAAAUAAUCUCUCUUUGAAAAGAGUUAUAAAAUAUUUGGAAGUUCUUAGUGGGAGCCUUCCCACUAGCUGUAGCAAUUUUUGCUUUCUCCAUGUUAAGAAAAAAGACAAAAAACAUUGACAAGAACAUCUACCUGUUCCACCAGCCAUUCAAGCUGUAAUGUACUUCAAAGCAGUCACAAAGUUUGCCUUGAGAGGUCGCUGGUGCUAAUGGUGUGUUAUACAGGUUUGGGAAUAUUUUUUCAUGUUCUAGAAAUAAUAACCGAGGAAUAAUUCCUAUCACCCUUCCCCCUCAUCUCUGGGAUGGGAUCUUCCAAUCCUCCCCUGCAUUGCUAAAAAUUAAUGCAGAUCACUUACCUGUUUGGGCUGUUCCUGUUUUAACACUGUACCCAUCACAGUGUUACUGGAGCAUUUUAAGACAGUCUUUUGGGAUUAACAUAGGUUUUAUGCAAGUCCAUCUUUUGUCUUGAUUUCCCCAGAAGAAUGAGAUUUUAAAGGUUUUUCUAUAGUUCAUGUUUACGUUAUUUAUUCAAUGCACAUCUCUUGAUAUAAAGACAAGGUCACAGAAGUGCCACUAGUGCACAGCAUGCAUGAGGGUGAAGAACCAGCUGGGUGUGAGGUCUGUUAGGUCUGAUAUAAUAAUAAGGCAAUUAAAAAUAUAGGUGGUGCUACAGAAGAUGAUGGAAGGAAUGUUAACCUCAUCAUUUCUAUGAAACUACAAAUAAUUAACUAUGCAGCAUAAAAAGGGAAGAAAUGAUACUUAAAAGCUUCUGAAAGAAGUGAAGGCUUGAUCCAAACCAUAUUUCUUGUUAGUAGGUAGAUUCCUAUUGCUAUCAGUAGGUUUUAAAUCAGGCAAAUAGCAGUCUUCUGAAGCAUGCAACUAGUAUGAAUUCAGCAUCCAUGGGAAAUCAAUGCCUGCUGUGAAAACCCGCUCUACUCUUCUCUCGGUUGUGGAAUCAAGAUGUCCAUCUCCCUGUGCCCUCUUCCCUAUGCUGCCUUUGAGGUUCUGUGUUCUGCACUGCUGUUUGUAUCCUCUCAACUCUCUCUGUACUUGGUAACAUGGUGGCAUUUUUUCUCCCCAUCACCGAGUAGUACGGUCCUUUAUGUGCUGCUUCUGCUACUGCUGCUAAAUUUCUGACUAUUUUUUCAGUGUAACUUUCCAGCAGACAAAAAGACAGAGGAAGAAGAGGGGAGUGUGUACUUUCACCAUUGCUCUCAGAUUAGGUAAUAAGGUGAAGAAAAGGCAUGCUAUACCCUGGAGAGAUCUGUCAAUAUUCUGAUAGAUGUACAGUCCAAGAUUCCUAGUGUUUCUAGAGAUGAAAAUCCCUUUCCAGAUGCAAAGUCAAGACUCAGUAAGUUGAGAGGGUAGAGUGAAGGCCAGAGGUUUGGACAUCAGGAUUGCUUUUGCAGCUCUGAUGCUACUACUUGCUGUUCCAGCACAUUCGAACUGUUAGCAUUCACCUUUUGCUUCAUGGUUUUGGACAAGUAUCUUAAUCUGUCUGUGGUUCACUUUUCCUUGUAUACAGCUGUUUAUAUCAUCUGAAAUCACUGCACUGAUGUUUAGUAUCUAAUCUGUUGCUAUUUAUAAAUUUUGAUAUGUGGGAUCCAAAUAAUUAUCAGUUUUUCCCAGCACCUAGAUUAAUUUUUUCAAAGGCAGCUAAGGGAUUUAAGCACACAAUUGUCAUUGAAAUAAAUCUUUUAGCUGACCCUGAAAAAGUCAACCUUGUUUAUAUUUAAUCCUUUUUAUCCCAAAAGUUAAUAGGCGGAUACACUUCAUAACAAGUUUAAGCAUUAGGCAGAAUGGAGUCAAUGCCAAAAUACUCCCCUACUUUACUGAGCACAGGAUUAGAUUUUGUUACAUUUAAGAUAUUUCCAUUUAACAGUCUAACUUCAGUCCACACAGCCUUACUUCACUGUAACAAGAAAUCCUGUACAGAACAAUUCCAACUGCAAGAAUGAAUUGUUUUCCCCUCGGUGAUCAUCCCUCCUAAAGUGAUCAGUUCUACAAGACUGGGGAAGCCCUGAUGCCAGCACAGAAGGAUGAUAGAGAGCCCCCAGUAAAACAUGCUACAGGACUGAACUCUGGCUCACGUGCUGCUGGAUAGGUACAUGCUAUCAUGGGGUUCAAUGGAUGGCAGUGUUGCUGAACUGAAACAUGAGAAAAUGGAUGAGUCAAAAUGGUGCAUCCUCAUUUACGAAAUUUGUUUCAAAUUCCUGUGUUUUAAAAUAGAAAUUAAUUCUUUCUAUAUCUCAUCUGUUUUUUGAGCCUUUAAGUCACAUUUGCGAGAUUUUCACCUACGGCUAGUGGGCCAGGAACUUCUUAAUAUUUUAAAUGAAAGCUGAUGAUGAUGUGAAAUAACAUGCCUCCAGAAGCUUCAGGAGGCUGGAGACACAGUCGUCAGCAACACUGGAACUGGAACUUCAUGUUGGUGUUGUUUAUGCCAGAACAUAGUAGGCAAGGCAAAUUAACUCCAGCCUUGUGUAAACCUGUAAUUAGCCAACAAGAUGCAACUGAGUAUGAAUCCCAGGUGGCUUUGGAAAUGAAAGAGAAAUUUUGAGCUCUCUGGCCAGCAGCUGAACGUGAUGACGGCCUGGUCUAUGGUGGGGAAGUUGAAAAUGGAGAAGAGGCACACCAGAGAAGACAGAAAUGUGGAACAAGAUGCUGGUGAAUGCAGUGCUGAAUCUGAGGAAUGGACGAGCUCAGAAAGUGAACCUGAGCAACCAUACUUCAGAAGCAGCUGUAGCAAUAUGCAGUGGAGGGAGAAGGAGGUUUCCACUAAACCACAUCGGCCACUCUGUCGCUCCCCUUGUUUGGAUCGCCCAAGUUUUUCACAGAGCAGCAUCACACAAGACUUGAAGCUAGAAGAAUGCAAAACAAAUUUGGACAAGGAAUACCAAGCUAAAAUGGAUUUUGCUUUAAAGCUUGGAUAUGCAGGAGAUCAGAUCCAGGCUGUACUGAAUAAAUUGGGAGCAGAUGCCCUCAUCAAUGAUGUUCUGGCAGAGCUUGUGAGACUUGGCAACAAAAGUGAAUCGGAGGGUCAAGGCAGUGCCAGCACUACCACUAGUACUCUGGUGCCGAGAGGCCUGUGCCCGAAGGAGAUAGCGAGCCCCGAACUGUCACUUGAGGAUGAAGUUGUGGAUAACAGUGAUAACCUGAGGCCAAUUGUCAUUGAUGGAAGCAAUGUGGCUAUGAGUCAUGGGAAUAAAGAAGGAUUUUCCUGCCGGGGAAUUCAACUAGCUGUUGAUUGGUUUCUGGAAAAAGGACAUAAAGAUAUAACCGUGUUUGUCCCUGCAUGGAGAAAAGAGCAGUCUCGACCUGAUGCACCAAUUACAGAUCAAGAAAUCUUACGUAAAUUGGAGAAAGAAAAAAUUCUUGUUUUUACCCCAUCUCGAAGAGUUCAGGGAAGAAGAGUCGUUUGCUAUGAUGAUCGAUUCAUAGUAAAACUUGCUUUUGACUCGGAUGGCAUAAUUGUAUCAAAUGACAACUAUCGGGAUCUUCAAAAUGAAAAACCGGAAUGGAAGAAGUUCAUAGAGGAACGGCUGCUCAUGUAUUCUUUUGUGAAUGACAAAUUUAUGCCUCCUGAUGAUCCUCUAGGACGCCAUGGUCCAAGCCUUGAAAAUUUCUUAAGGAAAAGGCCAGUUAUUCCUGAACAUAAAAAACAACCAUGUCCUUAUGGUAAAAAGUGCACCUAUGGGCACAAAUGUAAAUAUUACCACCCAGAACGGGCAAACCAGCCUCAAAGGUCAGUAGCGGAUGAGCUUCGAAUAAGUGCCAAAUUAUCUGCUGUGAAAACUAUGAGUGAGGGAGCCUUGGCCAAAUGUGGCACAGGGCCAUCCAGCUCCAAAGGAGAAAUCAAUUCUGAAGUGAAACGCAUUACCCCAAAACGUCAGUCAGAUCCAAGCAUUAGAUCGGUAGCUGUGGAGCCUGAGGAAAAGUUAUCGGUAGCCCGGAAGUCGGAGGCCAGCUCUGUCCCAUCUCUUGUUUCUGCAUUAAGUGUACCAACACUCCCUCCACCAAAAAGCCAUGCAGCUGGUGCAUUAAAUACUCGUUCUGCAAGCAGCCCAGUGCCAGGUUCCUCACAGUUCACGCAUCAGAAAUCCUCACUGGAACACAUGUCCAGUGUGCAAUAUCCUCCUAUACUAGUCACCAAUAGCCAUGGUACCUCAAUUAGCUAUACUGACCAGUAUCCCAAAUAUGAAUCAUUAGGGGACCAUGGCUAUUAUUCCUUACUCAGUGAUUUUUCCAACUUGAGCAUAAGUAGUAUGCGUAACACAGAUUAUUAUGGGGCUGAUACAGACCAGGGGAUGUAUUCUAGAAACUCAAGUCCCUGUCCUGAAAAUCACUUAAGCCAUACAAGUAAUGAUUCUUAUUCCUCUUACAAUGACUUGUAUCUGGGUGUAGCAGAUGCCAGUCCAGAAGACAAUGUGAAGAUCCACAGACUUUCAUCACAAAAUGGUCUUCAGCCUUUUUCGCAUGGUUACCAUGAAGCCUUAAACAGAGUUCAGAGUUAUGGAACUGAAGAGCCUAAGCAAUCCCUCCGCAAACAGUCAGUUUCCCACUUAGGCCUACAUGCCCAGCAUCCAGUUGUUGCAGCGCGGUCCAGUUGUCCAGGAGACUACCCUGUGCCUCAAAAUGUUCAUCCAACUGCACAGCCAAGCCGUGCCUUGGUCAUGACAAGAAUGGACAGUAUUUCUGACUCACGGCUCUAUGAAAGUAACCCAACAAGGCAGAGAAGACCACCUCUCUGUCGAGAACAGCAUGCUAGUUGGGAUCCGUUACCAUGUGCAUCAGACUCUUAUGCUUAUCACUCGUAUCCAUUGAGCAACAACCUCAUGCAGCCAUGUUAUGAGCCUGUAAUGGUGAGAAGCAUGCCUGAGAAGAUGGAGCAGCUCUGGCGGAAUCCCUGGAUUGGGGUAUGUGGUGAGCCACGGGAACCACAUAUCAUCCCAGAACAUCAGUAUCAAACAUAUAAAAAUCUCUGCAAUAUUUUCCCUCCAAGCAUUGUCCUUUCUGUGAUGGAGAAGAAUCCCCACAUGACAGAUGCACAACAGCUGGCAGCUAUGAUUGUUGCCAAAUUAAGAACAGGGCGUUAAAUCAUUACAGCCUCUUUUAGACUGAUGAAACUAUACAGCAGACAGGAACUGGAGGAAAACUUACACGAUGGAAGUGGGCAAAUCUAUUGUAAAUAUUUUUUAAAUAUUUUAGUAUAAAACUCUGUACAUGGUAGCAAUCAUAUAUAUAAAAUAUAUAUAUAUAUGUGCCUAGGCACUGUAUAAGAGCUGAUUGCAUUGUAAAUUUUAAGAUUUUAAAUAUAGGGAUUUUUUUAAUAGUAUUUUACAGGAAAUGCAUACCUUGCUGCAUGGAUAUAUCAUUAAGAACUAGAAUGUCAUGUUCAGUGUCUCAAAGCUGUUAAUACAAAAUUAUGUUACCAAUUAUAUUGCAUGUACUAGUGUAUACUUUCAAUUUGAUUAUAAAUACCUAAUUGGCCUUUCAAAGUAUGCUCUAUGCACUCCCAGCUCACCUUUAGAAAUUUCAGCUUUGUCACUUGACAGUGCCUAUUGGCAUGUCAGCUAUUUAAGAAAAAAUAAACUUGGCAAAAAAUUAAAAUAUCCAAUUUGUAAAAGCAAAGCUGAUUUAUUCUUUUUUCAGCUUUUACAUGUCAGUAUUGUUGGUAUUUCUUAAAUUUUAAAGCUGUUCACCAAGAGUCUGAGUAUCUAUUAGGAUGUUGAAUACUUUGGCUCAAUAUAGCAGAAGCCAAAUUUGUUAUUAAAUCAGGACCAAAAUAUUAAGGUAGGUGGAGGAGACCAUGGCUCCAUUCAAUAAACUAAAGGGAAUUUAACUGUAGCAUCUCGCUUCAGAAUUGGCUGUCACCUGUACUGUAAACAACUACCAUUCUGGAUGAAUAGAAAUGCUACAGGUUAGAAAGAAAAACCUGUUGAUUUUUUUCAUGUAAAUUGGAUUACUCAGCCUCAAACAGAGGGAAACACAUGUUAACCUGGACGUUCAGCAGUAACUGCAGCCCUUCUCCUGGGAGCAGGGAUGGCAUUUGAGCGAAACUAACAUUAAAGAUUGCUGUACGGGUCAACUUGAGAUUGGGGUGGGUGGGAGCGGGGGAGGCUGGUUCUUGAAAAGAGAUGCUACAGUUUGAGCUUGUGGCAAAGCUUUCCUGGUUUGUGCUCGUGAGAUCCAUGCAAAGGUGUGCAUUUGCCUCAUGAAAGCUUUUAGAGCUCUUGUUUCAGCAGGUGAGAAGAAAACUGUGUGUGGCACUGUUUGCGCAACUGGUUAUCUUGCUCAGGGUGGGAACCUUUGUAGCUAAAUGUCUCCAAAAGAGGCGUUUAUUGUUUUUUUUAAGCUGCACUGACUGGACGCCCUUUUUUGAAUCCACUGUAUAUUUCAACAUUUUAAACCAUUACUAACUCGAUACGUCUCGAGCUAGGACUUGUUGACUUCUACUGUAGUUUUUUUCAUGAAAGUUGAGAAGGCCUGGUUUAUGGCCUUUUGUUUCUUCAUGAGAAGGUGUGACACUGCCUAAAUGUUUCUUACUGUGAAACACACAGAACGUGAGGCUGCAGUCAGGGUUGUUUCUGGUGUUUUGAUAAUGGCUUGCAUGCUGCUUUCUGGUUUUGUUUGUCUGAGGAACAAAACUACAUCAUCUCUUCCACUUGUGUUACUGUACUGAUGGUUGGCUUGAUUCAAAAUAUCUUGUGGACUAUUUAUCAUGUGCAAAAAUGUGUUCAUGUCAGAUAAUAAAAGCAAUUACGGGUGCACCUAUAGUUAAUGUACUGGUGUUUGAUAGCCACAUCAUUUCACACAUGAUAAAUACUCUAGUAUUGGUGCAGGAACCUCUCCAAGUUCUUACAUUACAUAAUGACCAUGUCAUUAUGGAUUCAAAUUGUGUUAGUUUGAAGUUGAUUCUGUCUUCACACUUGGUAUUUAAAAAUAACUAAGCUUUUUAAUUAGUUGAGCUGUUAAUGGUAAAAAUAAAUCUUCAGACACCUCUGUAAUUUCAGAAAACAGAUUUAACGCUUGGCCAGUUUUCAAAACAUUUUUUACUAAUCAACGUUUUAUAAUUUUAAUUUCCAAGUAGUUUUAUUCUCUUCUCUUGCAUGGUAUAAGCAGCUGAGAGCAAUGCCUCAAAUAACCAGAAAUGACCUUUUGUUUGUUGAUACAAAUUGUAUCUCUUUUUCUUGAUUGUAUAAAAACUGUGUAAAAAAGCAUCUCUAGAUUAACUUCAGUAUUACAUGUUCGCCAAGAUGUUUGUGACACCAUGUGUCACAGGGAAGUAGCCCAUGGGUAAUUAUGGAUCUUUUUAUUUAAAAUGGGCACUUAUAGUUUAUAGACAAACAAGGACAACUUUUCAAAACCAGUUUAUAACGUGCACAGAUACUGUGUGUACACCUCAAAGCAUUACAUAAAGUUAUCUUUACUCUAUUUAUUAAGCAGAUACAUUCUUGCACUAGAACUUUAUGUAAAAAUGUUGGUGUUAACAACUCAUUUGCAUGUGUUUAAAAUAUAACAAUAUAAUUGCUGUAGACUUUGCCUUAGUCUUAACAGAUUAAUUUAUAAAUUAUUUAGGUUUAAAAUGAAGUUUAUUGUGCACUCACACUUUCCAUCUUGCAUGGAAUUAAAUAUUUAUAUGUAGAAAAAUGUUUGUUCCUUUUUCUCCAAUUAUAAAGAUGAGCUAUUUUAAGAGAGUUUUGGUAGGUGUUUUUGAUGCACUCUAAUUUUGAAGCCUGAGCAGAAAUUACUGUGUGAAGUUUUGGGUGGUUUAUGGAGAUAGUAAUUUUUGUAGGACUUUUGUCUAGUCAUUUUAGUUUUCACUGACUUUUGUCUUGCUGAUAGAAUAAGUCUUUUUCGAAGGAUGGAAAUGUUAUACCAAUACAAAUCCAGCAUACCAUUUAUCUAGGGCACUUUGAAGGCAAAUUGUCUUUUUCUAAAAAGCUAUGAGCAGCUAUCUUCCAUAGAAUUACAGAAUGGGCAAUGUAGCCUUCUGGAAAGAGUUUGCAAAGUGUGUGCUUGUCUAGUUCUCCUUCAAAGCAACGAAACAUGUAUGUGAUGUAGUCUCUCCUGAUCAGCUAGUUUAAAUGGUAAUUCAGCCAUCCACAUGUGUUAAGAUAUGUUUACGAGUCAAUUCAAAACACUGACACAGUCAUUAAUCUUCAGCACAUAAGCUUAGAUCUUCAGCACAUAAGCUUAGAUUUCUUCUUACAUAGAAGAGCUGACUUCAGAAACACAUGAUUAUAACUGUCUAUAUUGUAAAUAUAAGACUGUGUAUAAAUGCUCUUUUUGAGAGCAUGAUAUUUAAAUAUGUUUUAAAACUGUAAGAGAACAGUUCUAGAAGCUAUAUUUUAAUAAAAAAAUCUAUAAAAAUUAACAAAACCCUAAUGAAAAACCUGCAAAAAAAAAAAAAAAAAAGGGGUGUGUGGGUGUGUGUGGGUGUGGGUGUGGGUGUGUGUGUGAAAUCCUGGCCUACUGCAAUCAACAGGACUUAAGCAGUAGACUUUAGUGGGGCCAGAGUUUUCUCUGGGAGUUCUGAUUUACUGAUCUUUUACUUUCACACACUUUAUCACUUAAAAGUGCAUAACCUUAAAUUUAUUAGUUAUGAUUCAAAAUCAAAUGCUUUCUGGGAUGUCAGCCUGAGUUAUUUAAUGUUUUUUUGUAAGUAUUACAUGUUAGUAAUAUAUUAGAUUGUAUAUAUAUAGAUUUUUUUGACUACUGUUAGUCCUGUUGCUGUCUUAAUUGAGCUACAGUAGUUUGCUUUAUUCAUUUGUAGAGUUAAACAUUACUGUUUAAUUGUUGUAAAAUUUUUAUAAAUCUCUUUGGGUUUUUUUGGUUGACCCAAAUAUAAUGUAAGUCUCAAUGACAAAAUGAGUGAAAAUGGAUGUUAAACCAGUAUUUGGUGUUUGUAAAUCACUGUAGUAAGUAUGCAAUGCUCUAAUUGGUGCUGCAUGUAAUUCAUUCAUUCACUAGCAUGGAUGUCUGUUUAGCUUUUUUGUGAAAAUGUUUUAAAUUUAAACUCUUAAUAUUAGAAAGCAUGCAUGCAGUUGCUUAGAACAAACACAACCCUCAUUUCAAAACAAACAAACAAACAAACAAAUCCCACACACCAAAAAACACACACCAGAAUGUCUAGCUAGUUGGGUCCAUACACAUACUUUUAAUGCCAGGUUGCCUCAAACUGCAUUUUUGCAUUUUGGCAUUCUUAAUGAUAAAGGAGUUCAGAAUACUCAAAGAAUCUGUCCAAAUACUUCAGUUAAAAAAAGUACUUAGAUGGUGGCAUGCAUGUAUACCUGUGGGAUAUACUACAUUGCAAAUGGGAAAAUUUCAAUGGUCAUAUUUUAUUACAGUCUUAUAUUUAAAAAUUCCACUCUAAAGACAAAAGGCAUGUAUCAUUUUAGUGAGAUUUUGUUCCACAAAGUUGAAAUAUGAUCUUAUCUUGACCUGCCAAAAGUUUACCUGAUGCAUUAGUACUAUGUGCUCAUGUUAUUCCAACCAUUAGAUCUAUCACUAUUACUACCAUGGUAAGUGCUCAGCUUUAAUAUUCCUCUUAUACACCCACAGUGUGUGGGACAGAGCCCUAUUAACUGUAAGAAUAUCUCCCACAAUAUUUCAACUGGAAAAAUAUAAUUGAACUGUCACUUAAAUUAUUCUUACCCCCGUUUCUGGUUAGCCUUUGAAGAACCAUUAUAUAAUAUCUGUGAUUUUUGUCUGUGAUGUUUAAAGCUUGUAAAUGUAUUAGAAGAAUUGAGAGAGGACUCCAAAAGAAAACAUAGGCUAUUAUCUGCUCUUUUUUUUCCCCUCACUGUUCUUUGUAACAGGUUUGCAUGAUUAUUUAAUAUAUUUGGAACAUGUUAUACUUUAUAUAUAAAAACUUGCUUGCUUAAUAAAACUGAGAGCCAUUGGA